UCCUGUGCCCGAGCGCUGAUUGCAACCUGGGUAGCACGCUUUGGGGUACCGGCCCACAUUACCUCCGACAGAGGUGCCCAGUUCACCUCUAGCCUGUUGGGAACGCAGCUGCACCACACAACUGCCUACCACCCAGAGAUGAACGGACUGGUGGAACGCUUCCACCGUCACCUGAAGUCGGCUCUCAUGGCCCGCCUGAGCGGACAUAACUGGGUGGAUGAGCUUCCCUGGGUCCUGCUUGGAAUUUGUACAGAGCUCAAAGAGGAUCUGCACGCCUCGUCGGCCGAGUUGGUGUACGGCACACCCCUGGCUGUCCCAGGAGAGUUCAUACCAGCCCCAAGGGGGCAAGAGGAGGAACCCGCAGCAGUCCUGGACAGGCUACGCGAAAGGCUCGGCAACCUGGCCCCCGUACCGACUUCACAGCACAGACAGACCCCGACCCAUGUACCCAAAGACCUGCAGAACUGGGUGUGCCUGGCCAACUAUGAGAGCGCAUUCCAAACAAACGCAAUUCAUUAUGAGAGGAACAGUGCAGGAAAUAUCUGGUCAGCGGACUUUGGGAUUUUUCAGAUCAACAGUUAUUGGUGGUGCUACGAACCAGGUUUUCCAAGUGCUGGGAAUGGCUGUAAUGUUUAUUGCCAAGAUUUAUACGAUGUGCAAACUGCCAUAAAUUGUGCAGCAAUUGUAGCAGAACAGCAAGGAAUGAAGGCCUGGGUCAGCUGGGUGGACAACUGCGAGGGAAGGUCAAUUCAGCAUUUCGUCGAGGGCUGCUGAUUGAAAUGAAAAUACUUCUGCCAUCUCUUCCCAACCCUGUGUAUGUCCCUGUUAGUAGUUGGCUCUGUAUGGCUGAGACCACUGCAACACCAGUUAUGCAGGGACCAGCUCUCGUUCACAGCUUAAUAAAAUAAAUGCAAGCAAAUA